AUGGUUUGCUCUUCCAUCCUUCCCUCAUGGUUCCUCAACGUGUUAUCUCUCUAUCCACUUUCCAUCCUCGAUACUCUGGCGCCUGAAUUCAUUUAUGAGCUGAUCCACUUUUGGGGCAUCUUGAGGUACUUCUUCUUUCCCUUCCCCGUGACCGCCGUGUGGUCUAACCAACAGUUCUUUAAUUUCCCGACCGCCGGCAGUUACCAAUGCCGCGAGAUCAUCUCAGGACAAAAGAUAGACACUUCGCGGUGCGUGAUUCCCAAGUCCUCCCCAGGCACCGUCCCCGGCGUGGCUGGAGCUGAUCACCAGCUCCUCCUGUGCCCGCCGCACAUGGUAGCGGCGGCCAUUUACUGGAAUUCCUCCUUACCGAACGUCAUCUGCUGCCUCCUCUACUGACUGUUUACCUGCCGACUUGUGAGGUCAAUUCAUCAGCUGAAUUUAUUCUUUAUACCAAUGAAUUUUCACCUAAUCUCAGCCGUAUUUCUGCUGUUCUCUUCUACCACUUCUACUGAAUUAUGUUUUUUUUACCGAAUACUCUUACCUGGAUGAACUUCAAGGACUUUACGCCAAAGACCGUGGCUCUUGAACUGCAGUUCUUACGGACACUGAUAACUGAAGAAUGGUAUUCAGAAAACUGUUAUUACUUUAAAGAGGAUUUCCACUUUAAAGGAACAUAAUAGUACAUUUCUUAUGCAAUAUUUUACGUUAUUUUCGAUUAUAUAGAAAAGAACCUGUGAAGCAAAGUAUAUUUAUUUCUCUCCUAUCUA